AACCUGCAUCCUCAUGGAUACUAGUUGGGUUUGUUACCACUGAGCCACAAUGGAAGCUCCUUUUCCCUCUUUAAAUGAAACUGUGGCUCUUGGUGAAAGUUUGUGGGUUCUAAAGUUCAGGAUUUUUACAUGGGCGGGGCUAAAUGAAGGCUGGUAAGAGGGGCCUAAGCUCUCGGGCAUUGACUGGAAACUGCUCUAAAAAUCUCUACACUUACUUUCUGAAGCAUUCAACUUUCCACUUCAGAAGGCAGGAUGUGAUCCUUCUACUUGUUGGCUCCUCCAGGCUCAGCUUCUCUGUGCCUUUCGCCCCUGGGGCCACCAUUAAGAAAAUAUUUGUUGAAUUGAUCAGUGUUCAGCACCUUUGGAACUGAACUGUACUAACAGACUAUAUUGAACCCAAUGCUUGUAGGCAUCUGGCUGGGUUUGGGGGUUGCCCCAGAAGGUGGUUAAUGAGUACUUACUGCCUCGUGUUUGGAUUUAUUGGAUUAAGUGUGUCCCUCAGCAUGUGGGCCUGGCAUCUGAGCAUUGAUGGGCCCCCUCUGAAAUCCCUUCUGCCCCUGGGUAGGAGAUGUUUGCACUUGGGUCACUGUAACUCUGCCAGUCGUUUUAGGUAAAAAUAGGUGGAAACAUAGCCUUCCUGGUAGCCUUCUUUCAAACCCUGUGAACUGGAGGACUGACUACCUGCUGACUAGGUUUUGACAGUGAGGACCUCUUUUGGGGUGGAUGGUUGUUUUUUGGCCAGAUCCAGGGACCUGGUUAACCUGGACUGGGUCUCCUCGGUGGCCUUUGCAGCUGCAGGUCUCAGGGAGGGAACAAGGAGAAAGUGGGCCUGUGUGGGAAUCCCUCAUCAGUUUCUUGACUGCAGGAUUCCUAAACCGGCUCAAUCCCACACUGCCUUCCUCAGCUGACAGUCCAGGAGGCCUCAGGUUUCCUCCGAGUCUCCUGGCACCCAGGAUCUCCAGGCGUCCUAUCCCGCCACUGUGGAGCUCACCUCAGUGCUGUUUGGGAUCUUCCCACGGCCCUUCCCAGCCUGGACCCAGCCCUGCCAGCCUCAGCUUUCAUUUGGCUGCCCCCGCGGCAGGAACAAUAUCCUUUCUAUUUGGAGUUGACUCUGCUGCCCUUUGGAGAGCGCAGUGCGUAACGUGAGCUCCUGUGCAGAGCGGUGGGCGCCAAGGCGCCCCCCACCCGCCCUCCCGCCGUGUCCGGCGGUAGGUGGCCGCCGCCUGCUGCACUUGCCCUCCGAGGCUGAGGUCCGAAGCCCCGUCGAGCCGGGGGAGGCCCGCGCCAUGGCCGCCCGUCUGGGUGCGCUCGCCGCGUCGGGGCUGUACCGGCGGCGCCAGCACCGGCCGAGCCCGCCGCCCGCUGCGCCCGGUAACAUGUCCAACGCCUUGGCCAAUGCGGUGUGCCAGCGCUGCCAGGCGCGCUUUGCUCCCUCCGAGCGGAUCGUCAACAGCAACGGAGAGCUGUACCACGAACACUGCUUUGUGUGUGCGCAGUGCUUCCGGCCCUUCCCGGAGGGGCUCUUCUAUGAGUUCGAAGGUCGGAAGUACUGCGAACAUGACUUCCAGAUGCUGUUUGCUCCGUGCUGUGGGUCAUGCGGUGAAUUCAUCAUUGGCCGUGUUAUCAAGGCCAUGAACAACAACUGGCACCCUGGGUGCUUCCGCUGUGAGCUGUGUGACGUGGAGCUGGCUGACCUGGGCUUUGUGAAGAAUGCAGGCAGGCAUCUGUGCCGUCCUUGCCACAACCGCGAGAAGGCCAAGGGCCUGGGCAAGUACAUCUGUCAGCGGUGCCACCUGGUCAUCGAUGAGCAGCCCCUCAUGUUCAGGAAUGACGCCUACCACCCGGAUCACUUCAACUGCACCCACUGCGGGAAGGAGCUGACUGCAGAAGCCCGGGAGCUGAAGGGCGAGCUCUACUGCUUGCCGUGCCAUGACAAGAUGGGUGUGCCUAUCUGUGGGGCCUGCCGCCGGCCCAUCGAGGGCCGUGUGGUCAACGCAUUAGGGAAGCAGUGGCACGUGGAGCAUUUUGUCUGUGCCAAGUGUGAGAAGCCAUUCCUGGGGCACCGACACUACGAGAAGAAAGGCCUGGCCUACUGUGAGACCCACUACAACCAGCUCUUUGGGGACGUCUGCUACAACUGUAGCCACGUGAUCGAGGGUGAUGUGGUAUCAGCCCUCAACAAGGCCUGGUGUGUGAACUGCUUCUCCUGUUCCACCUGCAACAGCCGGCUCACCCUGAAGAACAAGUUUGUGGAGUUCGACAUGAAGCCCGUGUGUAAGAGGUGCUAUGAGAAGUUCCCGCUGGAGCUGAAGAAGCGGCUGAAGAAGCUGUCGGAGCUGGUGGCCCGCAGGGCACAGCCCAAGUCCUCAGGCCUCCACUCUGCCUGAGAGGCCACCUGCCCAUGUCCUGCUCCAGACAGCAACGCUUCUGCGGGCGGCUUUGCUCCCCACCAGCAUCCUGUAUAUGUAGCCUCUUCAUCUCCCCUCUCCCCGUCUCUCUGCUCAGCAUCCCUCCUCCUCCUUCUGGUCCCUCACUCCCACCUCCUACCCAGGCAUCCUUCCUCUCCCUCCUUCUUGCAGCCCCGGGUUAGGGCACUGGAUGUGGUGAGCCUGCGACAAGGUCUGCAUCCACAGCUCCAACCCAAGAAGCAAACUGGGGCCGGGGUUACCUAGCCCAGCCUGUCCUGACCUGUUCCAUCCCGAUGGGUGGCUUCAUGGCUCAUAUUCUCUGUGGCAGCUUAGCCAGCCUCCCCCCUGGAGGGGGCCCCACAUGUGCACGUGGCAUGGGUGUGGCACCCAGCCAGGCAGCCACCCGGGCAGCUUGUCUGUCCCACGACCACGCGCUCAACCUACUGCCAGGGCACGUGCUCACUCUCCCCAUGCAGCCUGGGGCCAGGAGGUGGUGGGCUCUGUGGGGGUACAUUCCUGCUCUCCAGAGAGGACAGCACGGGACCUGGCAUCCGACUCACACUUGCACAAUGAAUGAAGGCUUCUUUACACGA